CGGGCGGGGACCGUGGACCUAAGGUAUGGGGUCCGCUGGCCUGGCGCGCCUCCACGGGCUCUUCGCGGUCUAUAAGCCCCCGGGAUUAAAAUGGCUGCACCUGCGGGAUACUGUGGAGCUGCAGCUUCUGAAGGGUCUGAACGCUGGGAAGCCUCCCGCUCCUGAACAUCGCGUUCGCUUCUUGCUGGCCCCUAUGGAAGGCAGCGAAGAGAAGGAACUGACUCUCACAGCCGCUAGUGUGCCCACUCUCACCAACCACAGGCUGGUACACGGACCAGCAUUCACCAGCCUGAAGAUUGGUGUGGGACACCGGCUGGAUGCCCAAGCUUCUGGGGUGCUUGUGCUCGGCGUGGGACAUGGAUGCAGACUCCUUACCAACAUGUAUCACGCUCACCUCACAAAGGAUUACACAGUGCGAGGCCUCCUGGGCAAAGCCACUGAUGACUUCUGUGAGGAUGGGCGGCUGGUGGAAAAGACGACAUAUGACCAUGUGACCAGAGAGAAGCUGGACAGGAUCCUAGCGGUGAUCCAAGGCUCCCAUCAGAAGGCCCUGGUGACGUACUCCAACCUGGACCUGCAGUCCCAGGAGGCCUAUGAGAUGGCAGUGAGAGGUGUGAUCCGGCCCAUGAACAAGUCCCCGAUGCUCAUCACUGGCAUCCGGUGCCUGCGCUUCACACCUCCAGAAUUCUUGUUAGAGGUGCAGUGUAUGCAUGAGACACAGCAGCAGCUGCGAAAGCUGGUACAUGAAAUUGGCCUGGAGCUAAAGACCACUGCUGUUUGCACCCAAGUACGGCGCACACGUGAUGGUUUCUUCACGCUGGAUGAUGCCCUCCUGAGGACCCAGUGGAACUUAAACAGCAUCCAGGAUGCCAUUGGUGCUGCAGCCCCUCGGGUGGCUGCAGAGCUGGAGAACUUGAGGCCAAGCACAUGUCCUUGAGUGAGAGAGGCUGACUUCAUCUGGGAACACAGGACUGUACACCUGGUUACCUAGCCAGCUCUGAAGUCAGACAGCUUGACUACUCUUUGGACCUGUGCCCUGAGCAAGUGCUGCACCCUCUGAGCCGGUUUGCUCAGUUUGGAAAUGGGGUGCUCCACCUAACCACUCUGUUGUAGGGGGGUCAGUGGGAUGUUGCAGGUGAGGUGCUCAGAGCCGGCUGACCCACAGGAUUUCGAAAGGGCUGAUUACUGCAGUCAUCACUUCCUUGUCUGGUGAUGCCUUUGGCUAUAUGGUUGUCACCUCUCACCUCAUUCUUAGUCCCUGUCCACCUGAUACGGAACCUGGAGAUUUCCUCACAAUUCCUCCAGGGAUCAGCAUUGGGGGUCUCACCAGCCCCUUCCCAUCACAGGGGCACUGGGCUCCUGGGCUUAGUCUCCUCCCUCUCACUAAAGUGUACCCCUCUUCUAGAAAAAGCUGAAUAGGGUGAGAUUUGGUGGCACUGUCUCUGUGUCACCCAGAAAUGAGCCCUUUUGCCAGGUGAAGUGGCUUACCUCUGUAAUCCCAGCACUCAGGAGGCUGAGGCAGGAAGAUCAAGAGUUAGAGGUCAACCUGAGCUAUACAGUACUGAGCCAAACAAAAUCACACACAUACAAACAAAAAAAUAGAAGCAAAAGAAAUGACUUCUUUAGGUCCCCUGGGAUAAAAUUACAGGUUUUAUUGUGAUUGUGCUGUAUGAUAAAAAUUUUUAAAUUUUGUUUUUUAUUACUACUAUUGGUGGGACUGGGGUUUGAACUCAGGACUUGGCACUUGGAAAGCUGGCACUUUACUGU